CGCGCAGCUGCUUGAAGUUUCUAAGGACGAAAACUAGUUUUUGAUCAUUCACGUUUCGGGUUUGAAUGAAUGCAUGUCUCGAAGGGAUAUUUAUCGAAGGAAACCGUUCUAUUGUUGUGUAAACAUUUAGAUUGUUUGACACUCGCAGCGACGUUAUGAUCAUAUUGCAUGACAUCAUAAACAAUCGUAACAUCGACUUCCUGCGGCCCUUCUUACUUGCGGGACGAUUUUCGCGGACAAUACACGCGCGAUGUGUUACGUUGUGUUCUUAGUUGUUGCUUUAUUUGUUACUUGUGGAGCCAGCUUGACGCCUCAGUGCAGAAAUGAAAAGGGGGAACCGGUGGAUUGGUUCUACAUCUACAAGCUGCCUCGGGAGAAGAAUCACCUAAACCCUCUGGUACGCAGGGGGGUCGCGUAUAUGCACCUCACCCCCUCUAAGCUUAGGGGGGGUUGGAUCAUGUCCGAUCUGGCCAUCAGCGACCCCCGGUCCAUGCUCGGGAAGACCUUGGCUCCUUUGUAUCAGGACAAAAAUAUCAUAUCCUUAGUGUACAAUGAUCAGCCCCCAGCUACGGAAAAUCAACCCGACGUUCUACAGUCAGUAGCCGAUAUGUAUUCCAAAAGCAAACGAGGACAAACGAAGCAGGCCGGCAUAAAAAAGUACAAAAAGUUCAAACUUGGCGACAAGUAUUACGACGACUACGACUUGGCAGAGAUGUGCAAGAUGCACUCCAAGUUUAUGAAGACCCGAGUGGAGAGCGGCCACACCAAGGGAGUGAUACUUGGCGACAAGUUCACCUCGCUGUGGCUUGUGCAUUCUGUGCCAAGGUUUCCGCCGGUGCCUGACAUGCACGGCCUAAACGUGACCUCGUACGACUACCCUACAACGGGCAUGAAGUAUGGCCAGUCCUUCCUCUGUGUGUCGGUCCAGACGUCCACACUGAACCAGAUCGCCACCCAGCUGAAGUACAACGAGCCGCUCAUAGCGCACCACCAUAUACCGCAGGAGUUCGAGGGAGAGUUGCCCAAUUUGCUCGACGUUGUCAAUAAUAAGACGAUAGACGCAUCGCCGUGGUACCACAUAGAAAGCUUCGAGACUCUGGUCGGGCGCAAGUUUCUCUCGUUCGCCAAGAGCGCCAUGUUCAACGAUGAUCUUUACAGCGGGCUUGUGGCUGAAGUCUUGCAGUCAGACCUGCUUGUGGAGUCGUGGACCAACGGCCCUGGCACUUUGGACUCGGAGUGCAGUAGAAACUUCCAAGUGCGCAACAUCGAGCGGCUAAAGUUUCCGAUCGCAAAGAUGUCGUUUACCUCCCACAACGACCACUCGAAGUGGGCGGUGGCGGUCGCGCAUAAGAUGCACAACAGCCAAGACACGAAGGUGGCAGAUUACUGGGUCUGCGUCGGAGAUAUUAAUAGAGCGCUACCACAAGAAUCGCGUGGCGGAGGCACGGUGUGCACAUCGGGACCCAUUUUAUGGGGGAAUUUCGCUCAUCUCAUUGAGUCGGUACAAACAUGCAACUGAUUGAUAUAAUAAAUAGCUAAUAUAAACUGACCCGUCUACAAUGCUGUAAGAAAAAUUUGUUUCUGCAAGGAAUAACAAGCAGAUCUCAACAAAUAUUUUAAAGGCUCCUUGCUUUUUCAGCUCGAGAACUUAUAGCCACUAGCAACGAACAAUUUCAAUUUCAUUCUUUAUCUACCAUAGAUAUAAAUAUUUAUGUAGUUUAUGUUGAAACUACAAGCCCGUUACCACGUCACAAACUUGUAUUACUUUAGUACAAAGUCGUUUUAGUAUUAUGGUCAUAAACUGUGAUCAUAGGAUAUGAGUAAAAAUAGGCAAGUUAAUAAAAACUUAGUUUUAAACAGUAGGGCCUUUAUUUAUGACAAGAAAAAAUGAAAUGACCAAUUGUAAUACUCACAAAAAAUUAAAUAAACUUAUUCCAUCUAUGUAAACUGUUUGUGUGUAAAAAUGUGUAUGUGAUCUUCGAUAUAUUUGUACAUAUUUUAGCAACUAUCUUCUUGAUAAACCAAUGUUCUAAUUACUAUGUAAUUUAGACUAAAUGAUAAGACUAGAAUAGUGCUAAUUUAAAUAAGCUAAGCCUAAAAUAAAUUUUACAAAAAAUAAA